AUGUCUUACGCAUACUUAUUCAAAUACAUCAUUAUUGGAGACACAGGUGUGGGUAAAUCAUGCCUGUUGCUUCAGUUCACAGACAAGAGAUUUAGACAAUAGCACGAUCUAACGAUCGGAGUUGAAUUCGGUGCUAGAACAGUCUAAAUUCAUAACAAAAACAUCAAGCUUCAAAUUUGGGACACAGCUGGCUAGGAAAGCUUUAAAAGCAUCACCAGAUCUUAUUACAGAGGAGCAGCAGGUGCUUUACUUGUUUACGAUAUCACAAGAAGAGACACAUUUAAUCAUUUGACCAGAUGGCUUGAGGAAGUUAGAUAAAACGGCAACCCAGAUAUGACUAUUAUGUUGAUCGGCAAUAAAUGCGAUUUAGAUGCUCGCAGAUAAGUUUCAUUUGAAGAGGGAGAUAGAUUCGCAAAGGAGAAUGGCCUUAUCUUUACAGAGACUUCUGCCAAGACUGCUUUCAAUGUGGAAGAGGCUUUCUUACAGACAUCACAGAUGAUCUAUGAGAAUAUUGACAAGGGAAUGUACGACCUCUCAAGUGAGAAGUCAGGAAUCAGAGUGGGUAAUGAAAGCUACUAGGUAAUGUCAGGGGAAAACUACAACGCCACUAAUAAAAAGCUUGAUAAGAAUACAAAUAGCAACCCUAAAUCUUCUGGUUGUUGCUGA